UUUCUAUUUACAUUGUGAUAUACAUUUUUCAGAAAGAAAACGUGACAUUGACUGUUUUUUUUAAAAUUUGGUAUUAGUAAAUCAAAACUAUAUGUAUUAUACUUUAAAUUGAUCAGCAAAGCCUAGGAGAAACUAUUUGUAAAAGAACAAAGAAAAAUUAUGAAGGUUUUUCAGUAUUGCAGUUUAACGUUGCUUGGAAACCAAUGUAAAUACCGGUGUGUAAACACAUGGAUAAAUGACUCAUUGCCGAGUAAUUUUCUUGAAAUAACUGAUCAAUAUGUCGGAUAAUGAACUCCAAUAUUAGAAAUAUAUAAUAUAAGUAGGUUCCAUUUGUUACACUGCUUAGAUCUAAAGCACUUCUGAUAUUUAACAUAUUGCGUGAUGUAAAGUUGUUAUAUUGGUAACUGACUGUAAAGCGCAUUUGCUUCUGUCUUGUCCAGGUGCCAAUUUUCUAUUUAUUUAUUUAUUUUUUGUACUGAACUAUUUUUAACUUUAAAGAAGAAUUAAUUCAUGUCGUCCAUUGUUUACAAAUUUAUCAUAAGUUAUUGCUCAGUGACCUGUAGAUUUUUUGAGUACGGGUUUCUUGACUUAUCUUUUGGCGUGAUAUUAACAACUUUUAGAAAGAUAUAAAUCGAGAUUUGUCGCACUCAAUUUUGACAACUAAGAUUCUCCCCACUUUUUAGUUUAAUUACUUUUCUGAUGGGCAACUCUUAGCUUAAGAUAUAAAAUUCAUCAGUUAUACUGAUGUUUGGCGCUUAAACACAAAGAAUAUAUGACUCUUCAAAUUUGGAAAAAGGAUACUUUUUGCUACUUACAGUUCAAACGUACGUUUUUGUCGCUCUGAAACUGCACAUGUUACGUUUAUCGUCUUUACACCGUUUCAGACACUCGCUUGGGGCAAUUUGUGAUAUUAGAACACCUUUGUAGUCAAAUAUUCAAGGGACGUAAUCGCAUUGAACUUUUAAAUAUAUUGAUGCGACGUAUAAGAGCGGUUGCAGUGUAACGACAAAAAUAAUACAUUUAAUUGAGGCACAGCUAUAUUAGUGUUAUUUACAAAAUACAGUUCCCUUUUUGUCUCAAACAAAAAUAGCAAAUUCAACGCAGGCACGUAGUUUUUGUUCUCAGGCAAACAUCUCGGGGUUAUAUCUCUGUUGAGCAAUAUUGACCUACAUGUAGAUGAGAUCGUGCUUUAAGAUUUAAACUUUAUAGCAUUUAACCUAAUUGUUAAGGUUAAAAUAGGCAUUUUUAUAAACGACUUUGUUUAUAAAUAGACUUACAAUCAAUUAGCAAAGUAUCAUUUGUUCGUUUUACCUGCGUCAAUGUUUUGAUUUAAACCGCACAGCGCAAAAAAUAGUAAGUUUACAUAAGUGGCUGUUGCUUGCUUGGAUUUUAAAGUUCACCUCCUGUUUAUUAAGUUGCCAUGGCAAGUUAUCGGCGAAUGAAAAGUCUGAUUUAAAACAAGGUCACAACAUAACAACAAGUAUUGUACUCUGAGGAUCGAAAUUGCUCACAUUGAAAUAAAAUUGUCGUUUCUUCGCGUGGAUCUUAAUGAUAUCACCAAAAGAGCCCUCUAAGGCCAGAAAGCUUAGAACUGUUAUACGAGGUGAAAAGAAAUUUUCUACCAAGCGAUGUCGUCAACUGUUGAAAAGGCGGCGUAUUUGAGACCACAGUUCAACCCGGUAAAGACAAAACAGCAGAAGGAAGCAGUGAAGCCCAGUUUUUUUAAGUUUACCGAGCAAGAUUUAUAUGAUUACCUGCAUCAGAAGAGUGGAAAAGUUGAGACGAUUAAUCUUGAAGAAUCCAGGAAUAGGAAACUGGAAGACAAUGGUGCGGGGACGGAGAAACAGUCUUCGUUUUGCAGAACAUGUAACAAGGUAUACAACAUACGCUGUCCUAUUCACUCAUCCCACAACACACCUGACCUUAGCUACCCAGGGGACUGGGACAGCUAUGCCAUGAAGUCAUUCCCUGAUGUGGUGCAGUUGUGUAAAUCCAGCAUCCCAGGCAAGAAGUAUGGCGUGGCUGCCAAGCAACACAUUCCUGUGGGUACGUGGAUAGGUCCUUACGAGGGAAAGCGAAUUAAUCCAGAUGAAAUCAACCCAAACAUGGACUCCUCGUACUUGUGGGAGAUUUACAAAGAUGGCCGCCUCUUGUACUAUCUUGAUGCGACAGACGAGGCCACCUCAAGCUGGAUGCGAUUCAUAAAAUGUGCUCGUCACAGAAACGAGCAAAACCUGUUUGCUUUCCAAUACUGUGGCAAUGUCUACUACCGAGCCUUCAGAGAAAUUCCCAUAGGGACAGAGUUACUGGUGUGGUAUGAAGAUCUCUACCCGCAGUACUUUGGGAUUCCGUUAAGCAUACACGACUUGAAUUCAAUGGGUUCCAGGCCUUACCCAGUGAUGGCGACGCCGUACGCAGAUGAACAACAAAUUUCCCCCGUUCCUCCUCCGACCUCUGCUGCUAUGAGACAAGCGUCUCCGCAGGUGACUGGACCUAACCAGAGAACAUCACCGCGUGAUUCGCCACAAGCAAGAACCGCGCAAGAAAGAGAACUUCAAGCAAACAAACAGAUACAAAAGGAAAGCAUCAAACGAAAGCACGAAGAAAACGACCGCAGCAACAAUGCUAAGAAGGUGAAGUUGCAGAGCACGCAGAAGAUUGACGGUCCAAAAGAGAUGCUACGGAAGUUAGAAGAGGCACGUCUCAAGGACAAGACAGAUCUGCCUUGUGAAUGGCCGCGUGUAGCUGACGGAGAAUUCAUCUUGGAGAAUGGCGAACCAAAGAUAUGGCAUUGUGGUCAAUGUGACAAAUCUUUCGCUCAGCGCAGUCUGCUUCAAAUGCACGUCUGUUCCAGAAAUCCAAACAGACCUUACCAGUGCGGUCACUGCGCACAGGAGUUCGCGCAUCCUAACGAGCUGCGCACGCAUGCUGUCAUUCAUUCUGGCAAAAAGCCAUUCAAGUGCGGAUUUUGCUCGCGAACCUUCGCCGGAGCCACGACUCUUAACAACCAUGUCCGAACCCAUACAGGAGAGAGGCCUUUCACCUGUAACAAGUGCUACAAAACUUUUUCACAAGCAUCGCAACUCAGCAAGCACAAGAGAUCCCUCUAUGAAUGCUUCUCUUGAGAAUUUUUCUGUCGUGAGGACCCCAAGAACAAUUUUACAUUAGCAACUAUAAGAUUGCGUGGAGUUGUAAACAUUUAUAUAUCACGUUAUAAAAAGAGACUCUUGUGUAUUUUAUAAUUAGAAACACUUUGAGCGUAACUCUAAGUAAUUUGUAUUUCAACGUGUUUUCCUACCUUUCAUUGUGGCGUUUUAGUCACACCGGAUUUUAAACAACAACGACAGAAAAUAACUGUUGGUCUUAACCAGUUAAGUGAUUUACAAGUAAUAUUUACCUGUUUCAUUAUCGAGUCUUUAAAAUUGUUGUUUUUUUACUUAUUUCUAACCUUAGCUAGUUAAACUAGGGAUGCGUUUCUUUGGAAAAAUCCAAGAUUGUUUUUUUCAAUAAAAGCAAAAACGGAUUUUGCCUUUCUGUACUAAACAGAUUCAUCCAUGAUCACAUUCUUUGGUUCGUUUGAUGCACCAUGAUCCGAGUGAUCCUCGAUUAAUCUGUUUAGUAAAGAAACGCAAAAUCCGUUUUCGGAUUUAAGAAUCCAAACUUCGAUUUUCCCAAAAAAAUUGCACCCUAGUUUAAAAGAUUACGGAAACACUGCGCAAAUCCGUUUGUGUAUUAAGUAAUUAUUUUAAUCAAUGGACUCGUUUCAACAAAAGAAAAACUGACGUAGUUCAUGUUAUCGCAAUAUUAUGGAUGAAACUUCACCAGGCGCUCAUCACUCAGGAGAAUCCAAUGGAAGUCAUUUUCAGAAAAAUUUACCUUUCGUCACCAUGGAGAUCAUAAAGAUACAAAUUACAGAGGUUGACGACAACGUAUCAUUAGUAUUCUAGAAGACAAUCUGCAGGUUAAAAAUAGAUGUAAAUAUUGACAUAAUCUCCUGAGUAAUGAGCUCAUGGUUAUUUUAAUUUUAUUUUUUUCCAGAAAUUCCUCGACUGUCUAGACCAACUCUAAAGGGACACCAUAAGUGCUGACGUAUAUGCGUGUUAAGCUCAAGAGCGAAAUAUAUUUAUAUACUUGUAAAUAAACAGACAUUGCUGUAUAUUUUUGGAAAACCUUUCAAAAAGGUUCGAGAGCAAUACAUUCGUUUUCUUAAUGUAUAUUUACUUGUGCUUGUAAAAUAUCACCAACCGGUAUUCAUUAAAAUACACUGCGUUCGUUAUUGAAA